CUAAAAUAAAAAAUGGUCGUGGUUGAUGAUCAUUAGUAUCAUUCAAUAUGAAAACUCCGAUGAUGUUGCAAUGCCUAAGAAUCUGUGCCAUAAUUUUGUCUUUGAGUGUACUCUAUGGUGACACACUACAGUUCAAAUUUCAUCCAGAUCGUGAUUUAAGUAUCGUUCAAAUCAUCAGGAAGCAUGGCUACCCAGUCGAAACUCACCAUGUCACCACCUCAGACGGAUACAUCAUCACCUUCUACCGGGUACCGCACGGCAGGAACAGAAACGCGACUCAGAAAUACCCGGUGCUGAUGGUGCCCGGAACCUGCGGCUGCUCAGAAAAUUUCAUCGUGGCAGGACCGAACAAGGCAACGCCGUAUUUUCUGGCAGACAGAGGCUUCGACGUUUGGCUGUUGAACACCAGAGGCAACAGACAUGCAAGAAGACAUGUCACUUUGAACCCUAACAAUGACAAGAGAUUUUGGGAUUUCGGAUGGCACGAGGUGGCAGUUUAUGACACCCCAGCUCUAAUAGAUUACGUCCUCGAUCACACAAAAGCCUCUCAGGUGUACUACAUUGGGCAUUCCCAAGGAACCACCUCCUACAUGGCUUUCUUGGCAGAAAAACCCGAAUAUAACGACAAAGUCAGGAUGUCAGUUCAGAUGGCCCCAUCCGUAUUGCUAGGAGAUACCCGAACAGUUGUCAGAAUUCUGGGUAAACAUGCUUCAUUGAUACAGAGUAUAUUCGAGUCUUUCAAUAUCUACGAACUCUUUCCCAAUGGCUACAAUGAUAUUGUGAAUCUGCUGUUGAAAAAUAUAUGCGCCGAAACGACUAUAUUGAUAGACCUAUGUUAUGUCAUCAUUUACUUCGCAAGCAUAGCCAAAAAUAUAGAAACUGAGCCAAUCGUUCUCCAACACCUUUUUGAGUCAUCUCCAGCGCGAUGUUCUAUCAAAGAACUAUUACAUUACUUUCAGAUAGUACACACAGGUGAUUUCAAACAGUAUGACUACGGUGUACAAGGAAAUAUGAGAAUGUAUGGUUCCAGAGAAGCUCCAUUAUAUAAUUUGUCGAAUGUAUUAUCUCCUGUUAGUUUAUUUUAUGCACCGUCCGACACACUUGUACCCAUAAAGGGUGUCCAACAACUAGCCAAGGCGCUGCCAAGGGUUGAAGUAGCUUACGAAGUUCCUAGCGAAGAUUUCUCACACAUAGACUUCAUUACAGGCAGAAGCAUCAAUGAACUGGUGAAUAAACCAAUGUAUGAAUUAUUCAAGAAAUAUAAUAACAAAAAUUGAGGAUCAUGUCAAUAAUUUUCACCGGAACGAAGUUUAUAAUCAGUUGAAAUUCAAAUAAUUAUACUUUGAAC